AUGACGAAGGUCGAGCAAUGUGGCACUGGUGCUGCUCUGUGUCAGGUUUUCGACAGCAUUUAUAUGGACGUGCCCAUGUCCAAGGUCAAGUUCAAUGCCAAUGGCGAAUGGGCGUAUGUGCAGAAUUUUAAAGUGUUGCAAAAUUUAUUUGCCAAGCACCAAAUCGACAAGCCGAUCCCCGUCGAGGCACUCAUCAAGUGCAAGAUGCAGGAUAACCUGGAGUUUCUGCAGUGGACCAAGAAAUUCUGGGAUCUAAACUUCCCCGACCACGACUACGAUGCCGUUUCACGGAGAAAGGGAGGGGCUCUCCCCAGCAGUAACUCUGCGGCGCCCAGAGCUCCCGUCUCAGUUGGCGCUGCUCGACGAGGCGGUGCUACUGCUGCUGCUGCCCCGCGGGUUGCUAAGGCUGCAGGUGCUGGCCCUAACACGGUUGCUCUGCAGGCAGAGAAUACAACACUCAAGGAGACUGUUACAGGCCUUGAGCGGGAGCGAGAUUUUUACUUUAGCAAGCUUCGCGAUAUUGAGCUUCUGAUUCAGCAGGCUGUUGAGGAGGAUCCUGAGAUCGAGAAGGCAGAGGAUGGUCUGGUCAAACAGAUCCAGCUUAUCCUGUACUCCACGGAAGAGGGGUUUGAAAUUCCUGAGGAGGGCGAGCCGCUUGAUGACCAGGAGACAUUCUGA